CAAACGAGAGGCAGGCAGCAGCUGGGAGAGAAGGAGAGAGGGCGAGAGGGCGAGAGGGCAGACAGACUCCGUGAAGAGAGGCGGAAAGAGAAGAGACCGGCCGGGAGAGGUUUUCUUCCAUCCAUGGGGGUUUCCACCGCGGCACAGGCGGACAACUGACGGGGAGAAAUCCGCUCAAACAUGGCUAAAAACCAGGAAGUGGAGCGCAUCGCCAAAAAGCUGGAUAAAAUGGUGCACAAGAAGAACACGGAUGGAGCUCUCGACCUGCUGAGGGAACUAAAGAACAUCAAGAUGUCUCUGGAGACCCUGCAGUCCACCAGAGUUGGGAUGUCGGUGAACGCGGUGAGGAAACACAGUUCAGAGGAAGAAGUUCAGACUCUGGCCAAAGCUCUCAUCAAGUCCUGGAAGAAACUGCUGGACGGUGCAGAGGGGAAGUCUGAGGAGAAGGAGAAGAAGAAGAAGGAAGGCUCUCCUGUGAGGCCAUCGUCCACCUCCAAGGACUCCGGCAGCAGUGACACGCCCACAACACCCACCACACCCACCUCCCCCACUACUCCAACCCUUCCCCCGCGGGUCACCUCCUUCCCCCCGGCCCCCGUCACCACCGACAACGUGCGGAACAAGUGUCGAGAGCUUCUGGUUGCAGCGCUGCAGACUGACGAUGACCACAAGACCAUUGGAGCGGACUGUGAGCACCUUGCGGCACAAAUUGAAGAGGAGAUCUUCCAGGAGUUUAAGUCAACAGACAUCAAAUAUAAAACUCGCCUACGAAGCCGAAUCUCCAACCUUAAGGAUCAGAAGAAUCCCGACCUGCGGCGUAACGUCCUGUGUGGAAGCAUCUCGGCCCGACGCAUCGCCUCCAUGACCGCCGAGGAGAUGGCGAGCGCAGAGCUGAAGCAGAUGAGAGAGACUCUGACCAAAGAGUCGAUCAGAGAGCAUCAGCUGUCGAAGGUCGGUGGAACUGAGACGGACAUGUUCAUCUGCAACAAGUGUCACGGAAAGAGCUGCUCAUACACACAGGUGCAGAUCCGCAGCGCUGAUGAGCCCAUGACCACCUUUGUGUUGUGUAACAGCUGCGGCAACCGAUGGAAGUUCUGCUGAAGAGGAUGUGUGUGUGUGUGUGUGUGUGUGUGUGUGUGUUCUUCUAUCGUGAAGACAACCGACUGAAGUGAAUUGAAUUUGGAUUUCAAAAGAAUGAAUUUAGUUUUUUGUUUUUAUUUUGUAUGAUUUCUUUUUAUACAUAAAAGUAAAAAGCUGUAAUAUAUUUAGAGAAAAGAUAUGCCACUUAAUGUUGUGUAUAUGGUUUCAUGAGUUUUCUAUGCAGCACUUGGAGUUUAUUGCUUAUGCUAGAUGAAGCUCUAAUUCACACGUAGGCCUUGCCAUGUUGUGCUUCCACAAUAUUUUGCCCUUAACGUUUCUAUUAAAAUUUCUCUUGGAUUACGACCU